GAUCGAGUGAAGGUUUAUGUAGUGUUUUAGGGAUUAAACGCGAGUUGAAUGUUUUUCUACUUGCUCAGCAAUGGACUCUACCGUGUGUCUGUGCUUCGGGGCAAAAGGUGGGUGUAUACGCUUGGUGUGUGUGUAGAUGUGAAAGGUAUUGUCGAUCCAGUGAAGGUUGGUGUAGCGUUUUAGGGAUUGAGGGUGAGUUUAAGGUUUUUCUACCCGCUCAGCAAUGGGCUCUACCGUGUGUCUGUGCUUCGGGGACAAAAGAUCCCGCUGUACGGUCCCUUGGGUGACGAGAUGGUUGUGCCCCAAAGUAGUUUAGCUCAAUUGGUGCGCGCUACAGCCAUCCGAGCAGGCAGAGUGAUGCGAGAGACAGCCGCAAGUUAUAAAUCCUUCUACAAACAACGCGAGGAGUACCUCAGCGAUAUAGUGGCUAAAUAUAAGGUCCAAUCACAAUUCGAAGAAUUUAUGGAAACCGUCAUCCAGCCCCGUGAGUCCGAUGAUGUCACCUAACCCGACCUCGACUCUGU